AUGUCGGGAGGCGUUUCAAAGGGAAUGUUUCUCCUUUUAUCCAUGUUUCUGGAGCCCGUGUUUUCAGCGCAGAAUCAGAUGUGCGACAUGAUGAGGGAGAUAGAAAAAGAGAGAGACACGUGUGAGGCUCAGAUUGAGAACAGAACAACAGGUUGCAGUGGGACGUGGGACAAGAUCACCUGCUGGCCCAGUGCCGACGUCGGAGAGGUGGUCACCAUCCCUUGUCCCAAAUACCUCUUCUACUUCUCCAGGGAUUUCCAUACACGUAACCUGUCAAAGACCUGCACCGAGGACGGCUGGACCCCGAUCAGCAUGGACUCCUACAUAAUGGACUGCGGAUACGAUCCCAACAGCACCAUUGAUGAUAAUACGGGACACUUCUUCACCGCAAUCAAAGUGGGUUACACCAUUGGCCACAGCGUGUCGCUCAUCUCUCUCACGGUUGCCAUCAUCAUACUGUGUCUCUUUCGGAAGCUGCACUGCACGAGAAACUGCAUCCACAUGCAUCUCUUUGUGUCUUUCAUACUGAAGGCCGUAGCUGUGUUCAUCAAGGACGUGGUUCUGUACGAUGUUGGCGAGACAGAAAACUGCCAAUCAUCUGUGGGUUGCAAGGCAGUGGUGGUCUUCUUCCAGUAUGGCAUCAUGGCGAGUUACUUCUGGCUGCUGGUGGAGGGCCUCUACCUCCACACCCUGUUAGCCGUCUCCUUCUUCUCCGAGAGGAAGUACUUCUGGUGGUACAUCCUGAUCGGAUGGGGGGCUCCGACUAUCUUUAUCUCGGCGUGGGUGAUUACCAAGGCAUAUUUAAACGAUCCUGGAUGCUGGGAGACGAUCGAUGACAGUCCAUGGUGGAUCAUCAAAACACCUAUCUUAGUCACCAUAAUUGUGAACUUUUUCCUCUUCAUUUGUAUAAUUCGGAUUCUGCGACAGAAGAUGAAUUGCCCCGACAUCGGAAGAAAGGAAUCCAACCACUACUCGAGACUGGCUAAAUCCACACUGUUGUUGAUUCCUCUCUUUGGGAUCAACUACAUGCUUUUUGCCUUCAUUCCGGACCACAUCCACCCUCAAGUGAGGAUGGUAUUCGAUCUCAUUCUGGGCUCCUUUCAGGGAUUUGUCGUUGCAGUUCUGUACUGCUUUAUGAAUGGAGAGGUGCAGUCGGAGAUUAAGCGAAAGUGGCGCAGAUGGAUGCUGCAGAGGUUCCUGGGCACUGACACCAAGUACCAGCAGCCCUCCAUAGGCAGCAACGGCAACAACUUCAGCACCCAGAUCACCAUGUUGACCAAAUGCAGCCCCUCCACUCGCAGGGCAUCCGCAUGUCAGGAGCAACUGUCAACCAUCUGA